UCCAACAGAACAACAUCCACCAGACCAGAGAGGCUCACAUACAUGUUCCAGAUGAUUUCUUCUUUAAUGCCCGGACCAGCUCCACCCCUCUCACAGUCGGCCUGGCUGUUAGCUUGGCUCUUUGCAUCCUCCUGUUAAUUGUAGCAGUCGUUCUUUUUAUACACAUGAAGAGGCAAAACACUUUCAGGACUGAAAUCAUCACUAAGAAUGAUGUAGUUUCCUUUGAAGAAGCAGGAGGAGUGAGAAGGCCCCUCAUGAAAGACAGAGACCGACCACCAGAAAAUGAGCAGAAGUUAAAGAAGAUGAAAUCCGAGCAGGAGGAGGAAGCUGAAAAUAGAGGAAAAUCCCUGAAAGAAGAGCUGGACAGAAAGAACAAAGAGAUUGAAACCAAACGAGAUGAUCUGCUGCAGCUCCAGGAAAAGGAGGAGAGGACUGAGAACAAACUGAAAGCCCUGAAAGAAGAGCUGGAGAGACAGGAAACAGAGGUUUAUUUCUUUUAUAUUUAGUUGUCUGUUCAUCUUCUGCUUUCUGAGUCACACACUAAUAGAUUUAUCUUAAAACCGAUUAGAUUGUGUAACAAUGUUCUUAUGUUUCUCUCUAUUCUCUAAACAAGCUGAAGAAAAUGUCAGACCGUUCCUCCAGGCUUUACGUAAGUGCUCAUGGUA